AAUGGAAGAAUGAAUGGGAAAAGUGGGUAUAUUGGACCGGAAAUCGCGCGUUAUCCGGUUGCGGUUCGGGACUGAUUGCAAACGCUCAGCGAUCGAGGCCAACCACGAAAUCAUAAAGGCGAAAGAAGCGGCAGGUGAGUGUUUCUGUCUGUCUAUCUAUCUAUCUAUCUGAUAUAAAAGGCGAUUAUUAGAUGAAAGCUAGAAAACCCUACCUAGCCGCCGAAAGCGAAGGCGAAGAAUCCACUUGAAACAUUCGAUUGAGGCUCUGUUUUCGUCCACAACGAUGCCAUAGUCAAGCUUUAGCAGAAUCAUCUGGUGGUCCAAUUAAAGACCUGAUAAAUGGAUACAAACGAUCUGAAAAAAGUUUGUGUAGUUCAUAAUAGGAUGGGAAAGGUCAAAACUGAAAUGGGUGAGAUUUCUUUUAUUCCUGAAGAUUUGUUAUUGAAUAUUCUGAUCAGGUUACCAAUCAAAUAUGUUCUUCGAUUCAGACUAGUCUGUAAAGAUUGGAACUUUCUGUUAAGAAGUCAUAAAUUUAUAUCUCUUCAUUAUAACCAUUCUUUAGAGAAGAAACAUGAAAAAGAUGGUGGGUCUUCCUCAUCUUUUAUUCUCCUUCGAUCUGUUUACAAUGAAUUUGUCAAUGAUGGUGAUCCCUCCCGACCAUUGAGUCGAAGUAUCUUAUUGACAUCCUUCAUACUAACGAAAACAAGCAGUACCUCACUAGAAGUUACAAUCCAAGAAGAAGAAGACAUUACCAGAAUGUCAUUAAUUACAUCUAAUGGAGGAGUCCCAACAGAUUCAGAUAAGGAUUAUAUGCAACUCUUUUGCCCAUUUGACGGUUUGAUAUGUAUGGCAAAUGGGUUUAAUUUUGUUUUUUACAAUCCAGCCACCAAAGAAAUGCAAAUGUUACCUUCCCCUUACCCUUCCCGAUUGUCAUACUCUCAACUUGUUUCUCUUGAACUUCAACCUUGUUAUUUGGGUGUUUGGUUCGAAUCCGACAUGAAACAAUACAAGGUCUUUAGAAUUGUUUACUGUGAGGAGUUCUGCAAUAUUGAGGUAUACAAUUCUACUGUCAAUAACUGGAGAGCAAUCAAAACCAUACAUGGUAGGGUAUGUCCUUUGUCAUGCUUGUUAUUCAAUGGAGUUUUUCACUUUUGUAUGGAGAUGAUGGAUGAGGAUGAUUAUCUUGUGAUUGUUACAUUAGAUGCAAAAUCGGAAAUGGUAGGACAAUUUGAAUUGCCAUCAUUUAUAGUUGGUAUGCAUAUAUCUCCGUCAUACAUGUUGCCCUUUCGUGGAAAACUUGCCUAUUUGGAACCAAAUAUUUUGACAAGUGAUGAUUUUGAUGUUCAGUCUAUUUAUUGUGAUAUAUGGGUGAUGACUGAAUAUGGGAUAGAGCAGUCUUGGACAAAGCAAUGCUCGAUUCUUCUUGAUGUUAUAGAUUAUGAUGAUUAUGAGUCUUAUGAACAUUUAUUUUGCCCGUUAGCAUUUUGGAAAUUCAUGGAUGAGGAGGAGAAUGAGUUGUUGAUGAGAACGUAUUAUGGGAAUAUCGUAACUUGCAAUCUCGAUACACACAAGAUCAUUGAUUUGAAUUUGGGUUGUGUUUAUCAUAGUUCGACGAAGAUUGUGCCGAAUAAUAUGGAGACUUUUUUCUCUCUAAAAUGAUUUAUGAAAAUAUGCAUAUUCCAUGCAAACAUCCUCAAAACUGUUUUUGUUACUAUUUAGUUUCACAUCUUUUGGCCUAUUUUGCAAUGCAACUUUUUUUACUUUUUUUUAUGCCUAGACUAUGAUAUUAAGCAUGAGGACAUCUUAUCUAUUAAUAUCAUUUACAUUAUUCAUGAUCUUCUUUUUACA